UGAACUGCAUUUUUGUGUAAGUCCAUCUAUGUUGGUACCUUUUUCUUAGAAGUGCUUCUUGUUUUUCAAUCUAGGACUUCAAGGCAAGGGUAAGCAACAUCUCCACAAUUAAGAAAUUCUUGGAGCCAGGCAGCCAGAGGAAAUUUGAAUUAGACGACAAGGCUCUCCAAGAGAUCAGAAAGAUUUUCAACAUCUGAGAACAUCUGCUAUGAUGAUCACUACAAAUACUGGCAUGAUUUUAACAAAUCUGUGUGACUUCUCUCUUACUAGUUGGAGGAUUAACAGUGUCGUCCUAUUCAUGUCUAUUCAGCAUUAGUACAAUUUGAAUUCAGUGUAGCUUACUUCUGGGUAAAUGCAGGUAUAGGAUUGGAGCCUAAAUUCAUAAAAUAGUGUUUCCUCUUGGUUCCAUAGUCUCAAAUGCUUUUGAUUGCAAACUCUUGAAAAAUGUAGUAGAUGAGAACUCAUUUGUGAAGAUUCUGAGGCCUCCUUUAGAUAUUAGUCUAAUGCAACCUGCCGAAACUUGGUAUGAUACCUUCCAGGGGUUUUGGACUGCAGUUCCCAUCAGCCACAGCCAGCAUGGCCAACAGUCAAAGAAUGAAAUUGCCAGAGCCAACAAAUGCUUGAUAUUGUGCAAGGAUUUUUUUCAGCUGGAACUCACUGGAACUGAGUUCCACCACCUCUCUGGUUCAUUCCAGAGUUCAAAUGCUACUGAGUAGAGGAUCACCAUAAUGGCACUGUGUAAAUCCACAAAAGGAGAUGAUGAUGAUACUGUGUGAUGGUACAAUAAAAUGAAAUAAAGCAUUCUACAGCUUUUGUACUUCAGUGCCAUGUUUUGCUUGAGCUGUCAAUAACAUGUCUGUUCUGUCAUGACUAGUUCCUGUUGUGCUUUGCGUAGAUGUGACGGGAUCUGUGUGGUCCUGCUGGAUUAGAGGCAAGCAAAAUAUAUCCUAUUAACGUACUUCCUGCCAGAAAAUGAGCUGUUUUCAUAGCCUUCUACAGCAAUUAGACUGAUCAGCCAUAGCAGCAAUUCUUUACCAGUCCACCAUGCUAUCCUCAAGGAACAUUCUUCUCAGUUUUAUGACAGCAACUUCAGCUGUCACAAAUUUUUCAAAGCCAGACAUCAAAUAUGUGAUUUUCACUUGAUCAUCCGGAUCAGGUAUCUUACAUAACAAAUCAAGAAUAAUUUUUGGAUUGCCUGUAGAAAUCCAGUUUUGCAUACCUUUAAUUGUAGUGAUCUAUUUGGCCCAACCCCCGUCAAAAGGUGGGUAGGACCAACAGGGAAGCCCUGUGUAGUUGACUUUUUUCUGUAUUUUGUGGCUAGCAGCUGCAACCAGAGACUGCAGUGGCCUCCUGCCCAGUUAUACAAAGGUUUCAGUUGAAUAUACAGUACUAAGACCAGGAAUGUUUGCCCUCAGUGCAGCUGUACAGAUACAAUAAACCGAGUUGCAUCAUGUUAUGCAAGCGUGAGACAACCUUUCCCGUUGUGAAUUAACUUUGCGUGACUGAUUUGUUGUAGGUGAAAAGUCUCACGAAAGGCAGAGUAAGUGUUUUUCUAUUUGCAAUAGGGAGUUUCUGCUACAGAUAAGCUGUUCUCUCCUCUUGGAAGGUGGAGCUUCUGAGCUUUUAUAACCCUGAGCCACACAAGUUCGGAGCUCUCUCUCCUUGAGAAGAACUUCCACUUGUUCAGGACUUGCAGCAGGUUAGUAUUCUAAGGAAAGCAAACACUUAGGAACAUGGCUGGGAAACCGAAGCUUUACUACUUCAAUGGAAGAGGCCGAAUGGAAAGUAUAAGGUGGCUCUUGGCUGCAGCAGGAGUCGAGUUUGAAGAACAAUUAAUUGAGACCAAAGAAUAUCUAGAAAAAUUAAAGCAUGGUGGAGACCUGCUCUUUCAGCAAGUGCCCAUGGUGGAAAUGGAUGGGAUGAAGAUGGUGCAGAGCCGAGCUAUUCUCAACUACAUUGCCGCCAAAUAUAAUCUCUCCGGGAAGGACAUGAAGCAGAGAGCAUGGAUUGAUAUGUAUUGCGAAGGUGCUAUGGAUCUGAAUGAAUUGAUAAUGAUGCUUCCCUUCAAGCCAGCUGACAGCAAGGAGAAGGAGUUUGCAAACGUUAUUGAAAAAGCCACCACCAGAUACUUUCCAGUCUUUGAAAAGGUCCUCAAAGAUCAUGGACAAAAUUACCUGGUAGGAAAUCAGCUCAGCAGAGCAGAUAUUCAAUUGCUUGAAACCAUUUUAAUGGCAGAAGAGCUGAAGGAUGAUAUUCUCUCCAAAUUCCCUCUUUUAAAGGCCUUUAAAGAGAGAAUGAGCAACAUCCCGACAGUGAAGAAAUUUCUGCAGCCUGGUAGUCCAAGAAAACCACCAACAGAUGAAAAGGCUAUUGAAAAGGCAAUGAAAAUUUUCGCCUGAAUCAUGGCUGAGGAUCACAGAUGAUGCACUAUUGUAUUCACAGGCAAUGGGCAAAAACUGAAAUGGGACCACAAUGGCAUAGUGUAAAUCCACAAAGCUACAGUAGGAACCAAAAUAACUAACAGAACAAAAGGAAGUAGUGAUAAUACUGUGCUGCACUACACUAAAAUGAAAUAAAGCAUUCUACAACUUU